CCGCUUCCCGAGACCUGAGGAGGGCCUUCCUGCCCUUCGGGGCCCACACACCCACGGAGGCACUCCAAGCUUCUGGGCACUCUGUGAGGCGAAGGCCAGUCCGAGUCAAACCAGGACCCUCCCUGUCCUGUGAGACCCAAGGACGACAAUGAACGAGGUGAAAGAGACCCUCCGCAGCAUCGAGCAGAAGUACAAGCUCUUCCAGCAGCAACAGUUCACCUUCAUCGCAGCGCUAGAGCACUGCCGGGAGAACGCUCAUGACAAAAUCCGGCCCAUCUCCAGCAUUGGACAGGUGCAGAGCUACAUGGAACACUAUUGCAACAACUCUACGGACCGGAGAAUUCUGUUCAUGUUCCUGGACAUCUGCUCAGAGCUCAACAAACUCUGCCAGCACUUUGAGGCCCUGCACUCCGGCACCCCCGUCACCAACAACCUUCUCGAGAAAUGCAAGACUCUGGUUAGCCAAAGCAAUGACCUGAGCAGCCUCAGAGCAAAGUACCCGCAUGAUGUAGUGAACCACCUCAGCUGUGAUGAAGCCAGGAACCACUACGGAGGCGUGGUCAGUCUUAUCCCUUUAGUCCUGGACUUAAUGAAAGAGUGGAUUGCUCAUUCUGAGAAGCUUCCUCGUAAAGUGCUGCAGCAUGUGAGUGAGGUCCUGGGUAGCCAGGGAGCCGCUGCAGCAACCACUAUCAGACCUGCCCAGCAAUGGUUAGGAAAACACAAUUAUAGGCAGCUUGCAAAAGAGAGCCUCAAAUCUAGGGGGAAAGACAAAGGCUCCUGGAUACCUCCCUGGAGACCACCUGGUGGGAAAUUGUAACUCAAUGUCAACCUUGGCUUCCACGGUUCAUCCAUUCUUACUGGGGGCCAAUACACAAUUGAGAACCUCUCUCUCUCUCUUGCUUUUCACUUCUAACCUCCGUGUUGAUGAAAGGGAUUCUUACUCAUGGAGCUGCCCAAACAAUGUGGUGUUGGUAGGCGUAUCCCAGAGGAAGGGUGCUGUGCUGAUGCCCAGGCCUCCUGCCCAUGCUGUGGCCUCUGGCUCUGUAAUGAGCAACUGGAGGGGGGCCCACUUAGCUCCUUGUCUUGACAAGGGCAAGAUGGAGAUGAGCUGCAAGGUCUCUCAUGAACAAGUUAGGGGGAAGGGAUCAGGAGGCUGAACUCACCUGUGUUCAGUUCCCUGGACCAAAACAAGGGAUGAAUGCUCUCCUUAGCUGGGAGAGGGAGAGCAUGGCAGAAGUCAGAAUUGUUUUGUGGCUCUUGAACAAGACAAAGGCCUGGUCCCUGUAGCAGUCUAGUCUAUCCACACUGUAAAUGUGUACUCCUGGCUUCUCUGCCUGCCAGAAGUGAGCUCUGACUGUUGGUUUUUCCCUUCACAGGGGACGACUUAGCUUCUGUAUUGUGCUUCCUUUGGGGGAGACAUUCAAGAAUAAAGUGUUCUACCACUUCUC